CUGAGGAAAGGAAACCUUGCUUGCUAUAAAAAUCAGCCCAUUUCAGAGCAGACGCAGAGCAGAUAAAGACAUGGACCCCGUGACAGCUGUGUGCAGUGCUGCAGGAGCAGUAGGUGCUGUAGUCGCUGCUCCUGCUCUUCUGGGAGCUGCUGGUUUCACCUCAGCAGGAAUAGCUGCAGGCUCCUACGCUGCAGGCAUGAUGUCGUCUGCUGCAGUUGCUAAUGGAGGAGGAGUGGCAGCUGGAAGUGUGGUGGCUGUUUUGCAGUCAGCAGGUGCAGCUGGUCUGUCAGCUACUGUUGGUGCUGCUGUGGCUGGUGCUGGAGCAGCAGUGGGAUGGUUGGCGAGUUUCAUCAGCUGAAAAUCAUGAAGAACUCAUAUAUUUGCUUUAUCCAUCUUUUUCAUGCCUAAAGAUGAAUAAAAAU